AUGCCGAAGGUGUCUGAUUGGGUUUUAAGGAAAGAGACGAGGUCGUCGAGGGGGAGGGAAGCCGAGUGGCUGCCGUACAAGGGGUUGGGAUUGAGGCUAGGUGAGGUGGUUAGGUUCAGGAGUGAGGUGUCACUUGUGGGGUUGGCGGAGGGUCGAAAAUGGUCAGUGAGAUCGAAAAUUGGGAAUGGGGGACAUGGAUACGAUGAGGAUGACUACUUGGACUGCUUUGGUGAACCUGAAAAGAUCGGUAAGAUUGGAACAAAUAUUGAGGACUUCAAGUGCUCUUCGCUGGUUGUGGAAGCCCUGGAGCUCUGUAAUGAAGAACAAAAAAAAAUUCAGUAUGAGCACUACGGAAAGGAUAAUCCAGCAGAUGUUUCGAAAAUCAAAGCCCUCUACCAUGAGCUUAAUCUACAGGGCAUAUUUUUCGAGUACGAAGCUAAGAGCUAUGACAGACUCAUGAGCUCCAUCAAGGCUAUUCCAAGAAAACCCGUGCAGGCCGUGCUGAAGUCCUUCCUAGCCAAGAUAUACAAGAGAAAGAAAUAA